AUGGUUAGAGACUCUAAUCUUUUCAUUGGAGACUACUCGUUGACAAUUCUGCACGACGAAAAAGUCCAUCAUGUUCGAAUAAAGACCAGAAUCGUCGACAGAGAGAAGAAAUACUACUUCAUGGAGAAUAAGGUGUGUGACACGUUGUACGAGCUGGUAUCAUACUAUACCCGAAACUACCUCACCACUCCGACAUUCAAAAUGAUUCUCACAACGCCAUGCCCUCAACCACAGCCUCACCUGAGUCAGCCAUGGUUUUCACAAACGGCUGACAAGGCGAAAGCGGAGGCUCUUCUCAGUCAAGUACCAGAGGAUGGUGCGUUUCUGCUCAGAUACUCCAGCAGCGACAGAAGCGUUUUCGUCUUAUCAAUCAGGGUAGAUGGAGAGAUCUGGCAUUAUCGGCUGAAGCGUGAUGGGCGCAUUUUCGUGGUGAAUCAGACGGUGUUUGAGAAUUUGAAUCAAAAUUGUUGA